AGGCAGCCUGUCGCCAUUUUAAGAGUCCGUUGGACGGCGCAGAAGGCGGGGGAUUUUUCUGGUUCCGAGACCAGAGAGGCCGGAUGGUGAAAUCCUCCCUCCAGCGGAUACUAAAUAGUCAUUGCUUUGCCAGAGAGAAGGAAGGAAAUAAAAGGAGCGCCAUGCCUCUAAUGAGUAUUCCCAGUAAUAGUAGUGAAAGUUCCAGAGUUUCUUUCAAUUGCUGUAGUAACCUGGGUCCCGGGCCUCGGUGGUGUUCCGAUGUCCCUCACCCACCCCUGAAGAUCCCAGGUGGGCGAGGGAAUAAUCAAAGGGAUCACAAUCUUUCAGCUAAUUUAUUUUAUUCUGAUAAUAGGCUGAGCAUAACAGAGGAGCUUACAUCCAACAACAGGACCAGAGUACUUGAUGUCCAAUCCAGGCUGACAGAUGGCAAGCAAGUCAAUUGGAGGGCUGUGUUAAACAAAAACAACCUCUAUAUUGAAAUUUCACCUGGCACACUCCCUGAUGGGAGCAAAGAUAGUUUUGCUGUUCUGUUGGAAUUUUCUGAGGAACAACUCCAAGUGGACCAUGUCUUCAUAUGCUUUCACAAAAGUAGAGAGGAUAGAGCUGCACUUCUCCGAACAUUCAGCUUUUUGGGCUUUGAGAUUGUGAGACCUGGGCAUCCCCUUGUCCCUAAGAGACCCGAUGCUUGCUUCAUGGCUUACACUUUUGAAAGAGAUUCAUCUGAUGAAGAUUAGAAACCCUGCAAUGUUUGCAUCUUUAGAGCUUUUUGUUUUGUUUUUUUGUUUUCAUGUCAUCUGUGAAGAAUCGUUGUGAGAUAUUGUCAACAUCUAUUGAGCUUAAUUGUCUAGUGAGUUUUCUGCACCAAGCUUUUGCUGCAAAGAGAGAGUGAACAGGAUGUUGAAAUUUUUUUCAAACUAUCUUUUCAGAAUUAUUUUGCCUGCAUGUUUUGACUUUGAAUAAAUGCUCACUCCAGAUUACAGCUAUAUUGAUGGAUGUUUAAUGUGUUUUUGUGAUAUCAAAGUAUUUGCUUUAAUUCUAAAUAAAACCUUUAUAUUUUAA